UGAAGCCUGUCGAUCGAUUGGCAAACACAGAUAAGUUUUUCCAGGCCGAAAUUUACGAUGUCUACCUGGAGAAGACUUGCUUGUACACUCUCAGAAUUACGCCUUGAUGUUGCUUUAGUUUGCGGCCAAAGUUUUAGUGGACAAUAAAAAACAAAAAGCUUGUGUAAGAGUUGUGGGCAGCUGCAGAAGAGGACAAUAAAUGGCAACCUUUCACAAGAAUACAUGCAAGAGAAAUAAAGCACAGCCCACAAAUGUCAGGUGCCAGUGCCCAAGAUAUGAAAUAAAAUAGUGUAGAGAACAUGAAUGGACAAAACGGUGACUGGACAUACAGAAGUGAAAGACAUGACGAAACAGGACAAAGACAGGUGGAAAGAAAUUAAGCCAGGUGUUUUUCGUAGUGUGUUAGCUGGUAGGGUCUGGACUCUUACACAAGCAGAUGAGGGAACUUUACUCUACCAGGUUCACAAGCCACAAACAUUGGACAAGAAAGUACUAUUGAAAAAAUGUAAGAGCAGUAAACAUGUCGCGAAGAAUCAAGAAGAGGUUUCGGAUGAGGACAUUCUUCGAGACUACUUUCAGUUAAACACAUCCUUAGAAGAACUCUACGUUACUUGGAGCAAAUCUGACAAACAUUUUUCCCAGAUUUCCUCUGGAUUUGCUGGUGUUCGUACACUCCGUAUCGAUCCAACGGAAAACCUUUUUUCGUUUAUUUGCUCAUCAAAUAACAAUAUCUCACGGAUAACCGGCAUGGUUAAUGCUCUUUGUACACAUUAUGGAGACAGGCUGAUGGAGGUGGACGGUGAAGUUUGGUACUCUUUCCCGACUGUAGCCAGCCUUAGCAAACGCAAAGUUGAGGCUCAUUUGCGAGAACUUGGAUUUGGUUACCGAGCAGGAUAUAUCAGCAGUUCAGCAGAUUUUAUUAUGCAAAAUGGUGGCAGUGAUUGGUUAGAAUCUUUACGGAAUGUGACAUACACUGAAGCCAAGGCAGAGUUACUGAAACUCAAGGGCGUAGGCCCGAAGGUUGCUGAUUGUGUGUGUCUGUUCUCGUUGGACAAGACAGGAGCUAUCCCUGUGGACACUCAUGUGUGGCAGAUAUCCGCCCGGGACUACAUGCCAAAGCUAAAGACUGCCAAGUCCUUGACAGCCACAAUCUACAAAGAAAUUGGUGACACUUAUAGACAAAUGUUUGGAGAAUAUGCUGGAUGGGCCCAUUCGGUACUUUUCAGUGCUGAUCUUCGUAAAUUCCAAGAACUUCAAGGCCAAAAGAAACAUUCAUUAGAGAAACCUGACCAAGCAAUCAAGAAAGAAAUCGAUGAAAGUACAGAAACUCACAAACACUCUAAAAAACUCAUGAGGAAAUUAGUAACUGUCGAGAAAGCGGUCGUAAAAAAGAUCAAAACCGAGAUAGAUUAACUCGAAUAUUUUUAGAGAAAAUGUCAGAUAAUUUUAGGAAAUUGCUAUCCUCUAGGAUAAUCUUAAUUCCUGAAGGAAAUGGGGAAACAGGAAAGAAAGGAAGUCAUUGAGGUUUAGACUAAUGCAGGGUUUCUUGUAAUUUCUUUUUGAGUUACUUGGCUGGAAUGAGUGGCAGGAUGUAGGUUUAAGAUGCUUUCUUCCGAGCUUUCUUGACUCUGGUCAAGUAUUGCCAUUAUUUCCUGAUAUUUCUCUUGUUCAAUUGGAAAAAAUCUUCAUAUUAGAAUAUAGGUUUAUGAUUAUCUAUAUUUUUAAAAAGUGUGGAAAAAGAAACAAUACAUUGACUGUUCUUUUAUUAUAAACAUAGAAUUGCUCAUUUAAAAAAAAAUGAAAUAUUAACUUUUAAUGAGACAAUUGAAACAAUUCAGUUUUUGUGAUUUUAUCUACUGAUUUCCAGCCAAUUGGUUUAUUAAUCUAUACCAUAUGAUCGAUAUUAGGUUAUAAAUAUUUUCUACUUGACUUGCUUGUUUAUUCAGUAACAAUAUUUCACAUUCAAAUCCAGGAUGCAUCAUCAGGCCAACUAUAGUGUUCUGUGGCUAAAGGUCGUUGACCAUACAUGGCCAGAUGCGAAAAUAAAUUAAAAACCUGCCUACUACCAGCUUCUCAAAUUAUUAUAUUUAUUAUCUGAUCACCAGCCAAUUGAUUUAAUAAUCUAUACCCCAGGUGAGCUAAGUGUGGGGGCCCCCCCAACCUGGCCUGACCUGGCGGCAAUUUUGUUGUGGCCAGCGAACAGAAAUUGAAAACCUAGGUGUGCAACCUACCUAAAAUCUUCUCAUUUAUGCUUGUAUUCAUAUUCAUAUUAUUAUUAUUAUUAUUAUUAUUAUUAUUAGUUGGCAUGAGGUUAUGUUUUUGCCUGUUUAUUUAUUUAGUCAUUUAUUUGUCUGUUGGCAUAUUUGUUGUGAACAGCUAACAGCCCAUAGUUUGUGUCAGAAAUUCAUCAAACUUGGCCACAAUGUUCCUUUACUUAAGAUCUAGAACUAGAAAGGGUCAGGGUCAAAGGUCAAGGUCACAAUGAUCGAAAAAUAUGUAUAACUGUUUGCCGUAUUAGACUUGUGUGUGUGCUUAUACAGGCUUGCCGGUAAAGUGUAAACAAACAUAUGACCGUUAAUAUAUGUGAAAACAGUUUGGUGUAGUGGUUAUAAGACCCCGGUUCAAAUCCCAUAGAGUCUACUUGUUCUUUUCUUUUUUUUUUUCUUUUUUUUUUUUUUCAAU